AUUCAAUCAUGAAACCGGCUGUAUUCCUCCUUCCGUUUCGCUCCCCCUCUGCUUACAGGCUCCCUGGGGCUUUGUUCAUCUAAUUGACGUGCAACUCACAUUGUCGGUAGCUGGACUCUGCCAUUUCUUUUUUUCCCCCCAGGCAGGGGGUGGAGUGCAGUGCAAUUUGAUCCAUCUGCCAGACACCAGAAUCUGUUCAUUGGUGAACAGAUUCUUUAAGGCAAGCUUUUCUGUCUCUGCUCCCCCUUCUUUUUGUGUUUUUUUUCUCUUGACGCCCCAGUGCAGCUUUCUGUCUGAGAAUUGGUUUGCCGGCGAGCUGCAUUUGCUUUAUAGACGGUGGUUUUCUCAAUUGUCGUGUACGUUUUCCCAUUCUUUGACGUGCCUGAGCAUGUCCAUGUUGGGGACAUCGCUUGGUCUACCUGGAGGAACACACUAUCAGCAAUCGUCAGGCGAACACACAAGGAUUUGAACCAACAGUAAAGAUGGGUUUCUACGGCACUUUAAAAAUGAUCUUUUUUAAAAUGAAGAGAAAAUUGGACCCUGGCCCUGAGGUCCGGUCUUUCUCUUCAGGGAAGAAACCUUGCAAAGGUUCAGAGUACAAAAGCAGCACCACAGGGCUGGUUCCAUGCUCAGCAACACCUACCACCUUUGGCGACCUGAGAGCUGCAAAUGGGCAAGGGCAACAGCGGCGCCGGAUCACAACUGUCCAGCCCCCUCCAGAACUCCAAGAUUGGUUGAAGACUUUCCAGAGUUGGAGUGGACCAGAAAGGUUACUUGCAUUAGAUGAAUUAAUUGACAGCUGUGAACCUACCCAAGUAAAGCACAUGAUGCAAGUUAUAGAACCCCAGUUCCAACGAGAUUUCAUAUCACUGCUCCCAAAAGAGCUGGCACUGUAUGUUCUCUCAUUCCUGGAUCCCAAGGAUCUGCUGCAGGCAGCACAGACCUGCCGCUACUGGAGGAUACUAGCUGAAGACAACCUACUUUGGAGAGAAAAAUGUAAAGAGGAAGGAAUUGAUGAACCUGUGUACAUCAAAAGGAGAAAAGUGAUCAAACCAGGCUUUGCUCACAGCCCUUGGAAAAGUGCUUAUAUCCGACAGCACAGAAUAGACACCAACUGGCGCUGUGGAGAUCUAAAAACCCCAAAGCAGGUGCUGAAAGGUCAUGAUGAUCAUGUGAUCACAUGCCUACAAUUCUGUGGUAACCGAAUUGUCAGUGGUUCUGAUGACAACACACUGAAAGUGUGGUCAGCUGUUACAGGAAAGUGUUUAAGAACCUUAGUAGGACAUACGGGUGGUGUCUGGUCAUCCCAGAUGAGAGGCAAUAUCAUUAUAAGUGGAUCUACUGACCGGACUUUGAAAGUAUGGAAUGCAGAUUCUGGCGAAUGUAUUCACACACUAUAUGGUCAUACCUCUACUGUGCGCUGCAUGCACCUCCAUGAAAAUCGAGUUGUGAGUGGGUCUCGAGAUGCUACACUUCGUGUCUGGGACAUUGAAACAGGGCAGUGUUUACACGUGUUGAUGGGUCACGUUGCAGCAGUGCGAUGUGUACAAUAUGAUGGACGAAGAGUUGUUAGUGGGGCUUAUGAUUUCAUGGUUAAGGUGUGGGACCCUGAAACAGAAACCUGUCUACAUACACUACAGGGACAUACCAACAGGGUCUAUUCAUUACAGUUUGAUGGUAUCCACGUAGUAAGUGGUUCACUUGAUACCUCUAUUCGUGUAUGGGACGUGGAGACUGGGAAUUGUAUUCACACAUUAACAGGACAUCAGUCACUAACAAGUGGGAUGGAACUGAAGGACAACACGCUAGUGUCUGGAAAUGCAGAUUCCACAGUGAAAAUCUGGGAUAUCAAAACAGGACAGUGUUUACAGACAUUACAAGGUCCUAACAAGCAUCAGAGUGCUGUAACAUGCCUCCAAUUCAACAAGAACUUUGUAAUAACUAGCUCAGAUGAUGGGACUGUAAAACUUUGGGACCUGAAAACAGGAGAAUUCAUUCGAAAUUUGGUUACACUGGAAAGUGGAGGCAGUGGUGGUGUUGUAUGGAGAAUCAGAGCGUCAAAUACAAAGCUUGUGUGUGCAGUAGGAAGCAGAAAUGGGACUGAAGAAACAAAGCUGCUCGUUUUGGACUUUGACGUGGACAUGAAGUGAAGAUGUGGAAUAGGAAUAUACCUAAUGUUAAGUCAGUGUACAUCACCGUGCUUUGGUGGGUACAGGAUAUUGGCUCGGGGCAACAGGAUGCAUGAAGAAGACAUGGAGACCUAUGGAUCACCGGGAAAGGGAGUAAGGGGUGACGUGUUAUAACUGACAAAAUCUGACUUGUUCAGAUGCACAUAUUGUCUUGUUAUAUCUGGCUUCCCCUUUGACUCUGGGCAGUUUUUGUGCAGAAAGACUUGAUACAAAGCCUAGUGCAAUGAUUAUUUUUUUAAUGAUUAUCAGCAGCCAACUCUCAGCAGCAAGGCAUAAAAAUUUUUAUUUGAAAAGUUAUGUUUUAAGCAAGCUGCUUAUCAGGCCAAGAGCUGGUUUUCUUAAAGACUUGGGUUGUUUAAAUGUCUCAGUUUUGUCCUUCCAGGUUUCAACAUUUGGAACCUUACUGUGAAUUUUGUACAUUUUUUUUAUAUAUAUAUGAAAUAUAUAUAUAUAUAUAAAAAAGCCUAAUGUUGCCAACAAUCGGUCACAGUAUUAACAUAUAUUUCUCUAUUUAUUCACCAUUGCUUCCAGAUUCUUUUAAUGAGGGAUUGUAUAGUUCUUAAGAGGCAAAUUAUCCUGAGUGAUCUAAGUACUUAAAGAACUCAAAAGCUGGAAGAGUUCUUGAGGUUGUUAUUCAAAUAAGUCUUUGGGCUUGUUAAAGUUGUCCCAGCCCUGUACUGUAAUCCCAGUGGCCAAAUAACUUGCUGCUAAGUCAUCUUUUGUGACAUUUCACAUCCAGACUCUGGUUCUAAAUUUGAUCUGGUAUGGAUGAUUUUUGAGUUUUAAAAAAGGCAUUUGCCACUGAAACUUGAGCCAACUGUGCCUCUGAGAGGCUGAAAGAAGGAAGGAGAUGCAGAAUGGCAUAGUGUGAUUUGCUUGCAAGAAGGAAAUUGAGAAGUGUUAUGUGCUACUUUGGAAUGUUUUUUUUGUUUCCAAACAAUGUUGAACACAUUCCUUCAGAUGGGAGCUCUUUCAGCCUGUAUUGUGGAGAAUUUCAUUGUGAGGACUAUGGUGGACAGACAAGAACACAAUUAAGAUCAUUGACAUAAUGCAAAAAGAACAAAAAAAUUUAAGUAAGAUGUGCAUACAAAUAAGAGGUGUUAUUGCUGGUCAGUCUUAGUGUAAACAGUAUUGAAAUAUCCAAUUGUUACAGUUAUUGCUGUGAGCUACUGACGAAACAAUACCAAAUGUUUUGUACUGAACGCAGCACAGGCGACAACAGUUAAAUUGUUUGCCUAAUUAUUAUUCAAGAUCCACAAAGCAACAUGAACUGUGAAAGUGGUUUAACACUGUAUACUAAACAAUCUUGAGUUAGAUACUUUGUUUUUCUUUUUAUUUUCCUGUUAAUUUAUAGUCUGGUUUUUAAAACAAAACAAAACAAAAAAAAAUCAGAUUUCAGAUUUUUUACUUUACAGUAUGUAACUGCCUGACGUGAUGGAGAAACCUUAAAGGGAUUGUGUCUAUGGUUUGAUUCACUUAGAAUUUUUAUUUUCUUAUAACUUAAGUGCAAUAAAAUGUGCUUUUUCAUUUGAAA